AUGUUUUUAUUUUUUGUUCCUUUAUGGUGUUCUUCUGUUCAAGAGAAAAGAGUCGACAACAAAGGGUUAGAAAUAAGUGUACGUGACAAUGAUACUAGUCAACAGAGUGAAGAAAGGACAAGAGAGUGUACACCACUCCUACACAUACCCAAGCGUCAGAGAGUGUAUGUAAUGGAACUGCAAGGUGAAUGUUCAACUGGGACCAGAGACGGUGCAGACGGCGAGGCUCCACAGAAUACGCGCAUCGGGAGGGGAGGGGAGUCUAUACUGUGGGCCCUCUGGGACUCUUUACCUUGGUCCAGUGGGCAAUCCCGCCCCCUCCCCCCUCAAAAAGCGAUUUCUCUAGUGAGCAAAUCGCAUUGGCCAAUGAGGGGGCGAGCAAAUAGCCAAUGGAAAGUUGCCAAUGUCAAAUUAAAGGAAAAUGGUCAACUGUCGCUAAAAGUCGAAACAGGAAAUCUCUGUGGUUUCAAUAUGGAGAAAAGUUUAUGCAAGUUUAAUAAUUAG